AUGACUUUAGAAUCUUACUUCCGCAAAGAGACAAUUCCACGCAAGACGGGGGGGUGUGGGCGGACCGGCAGGAGGAGGGGGGCAGCAGCGGAGACCCACGCGGUGCUGAGCCGCCAGCCCUCCUGUCGGGAGGCGAAAGGGAGGCCUAGUGGUGUAGGGGUCACCGUUUAUUGGCUAGAGAGACUCUCAUCAGGUUUUGAGGAUCUGAACACCCCCAUUACCAAGAAGGCAUCUGAAGUCAGGCACCAGAGCCUUCCUUAUUCCCUGCUGCGAGGUCACCUGCCUGAGGCCCGGUUCCUGGCUGACGCCUGGCUGAGAAGGAUGCACACCGCUGGCAUGUGUGCCUGGACACUCAUGAACAAGCCAGGACGAAGCUCUUUCCCGCCAAACCGAGGCCAGCAGAUAAACAGCGCCUGCUCAGGCUCCUCCUCGCGGGAGCCGGGGAGAAGACUGGAGUGGCUCUGGGAAAGCAGGCAGGAAUCUCCGUGUCCUGCGUGGGAAGACCGAGGGUCUGCAAACCAGAAGACUACGGCAGACUUUGGGCCGGGAAGGAGGGCGCGGGGUCGGGGCACAGCGUUGAUCGCCCCGGUUCAGUGGAGAUUUUUGUCCUCAACAGAUAUUAGCUGAAGAGUCAGCCUUAGCGACGAGCCACGUCCCUGAGUCCCUUCCUCCUCGUCCCCGGAGCCCGCUCGCUGCUCCUCCCCAAGCCUCGCCUGAAACUUGAGGACCUCCCGUCGCUGUGAUCCCGUAGUGAUCAGAAGGCUGCCAGCAGCCCUCCCACACUCGGUCAAACAAACGUGU